AUGGUGUCUGUUGGCAGCCCUCCUGCACGGUGUGCGAUUUACUUCAAUGGAGACGGAUCGAUGUCUCCUAUCUCGGACCGGUACUACAUUGAUACGAUCAGGGUGGAAUUUAUUCUUCGCCAAUUUAAAUAUGGUAUGCCCCUAGAAGAGGUCUGUUUAAGCCUAAAGCGACAGAGAGAUGGCAAGGGAGAAUACCUCGCCUGUAUAACUCGAAAUAGAGAAUGUGAGCUGUGGGAGCAGCGGCAGUUUCUGCGCAGUAAGCAGUUUGAAAUACGUAACGUGUAUGAAAUUUCAGUAAUAUAUGUGUAUAGGUACUUACGCGCCAAAAGGGAAAAUGGAAAAAAAGAAAUUCUCGGGGCCAGGGACACCCCCCUGGUAAGGCUCCAUCACUCUCCACCCAGAUAUCCGCACAUCGCCAAUAUGAUCCCAACCCACUCCACACUUCGUCGAAGAUCCGCAGUUCGCAGCCGUAAAGCUUCUGUAAUUCGCCGUAACUUUAAAGUGGUCACAACCUCCGGUCUGAGCUCAUCUGUCCUAGGCCGACGUAGUUUUAGUAGCUCCUGUUUGGAUCCUCCCAUAUCUCGCGUGUGUGCGGGCCUGAGUGUUGGACUUAAGUGGGCUAAGUAUAAUUAUAAUUGUCUUUUAUAUUUGUACGCAUUAUAA